AGAAGCGGAUCAAAGAAGGAGGAGGAGGAGGAGGAGGAGGAGGAGGAGAUCAAUGGAUGUGUUAAUCAAGAGGAGGAAAGAUGGGAAUAGGUUCAAAAUGGAGAUCGGAUUCUUCGACACAGUGCUGGAGAUCAAAGAGAAGAUUCAAAAGUACCAUGGCAUACCAGUGCCCAAGCAAUCGCUCUUCAUCCGUGGAGCAGCCAUGGCAGACGAUCGAGACACGGAGCAUUACGAAUUGGUAGAAGGAUCCAAGAUAGAUCUCGUCGUCAUCGACCAAGAUGAAGAAGAGAAACAAGAGAUCGUAAUGGUGGGUGGUGGUACUGAUGAUGAUGACCACGAUGAGGACGGUGAAGGGGAGAACAAGAAGAAGAAGAAGAAGCAGAAGGGGAUCAGAUUCAAGAUCAAGGUAAGCGUACCUGCGAUGAGGCGAUGGAUCACGAUGGAUGUGGAUGGUGGAGAGACGGUGGCGCAGCUGAAGGAGAUGAUUGGGAUUGAGGGUUUGGCAGUGGGGAGGAUGGCGUUGAUGGUGGGUGGAGUGGAGAUGCAGGAUCCGCAGAGGAUGUUGAGGGACUACGGCGUUGUAGAAGGGACGGAGGUGAGCGUGGUGGUGAGAUCGGCGGCGGGGGUGACGGCGGCGGCGGUGGUGGGGAAGAGGAUAACGGUGAUGGUGUUGGUGAAGGGGGUGACGAAGAAGGUGGGGGUGGAGGUGAAUGUGAUGGAGAGUGUGAGGGAGUUGAGGAAGGAGUUGGAGAGGUUGGAGAGAUUGCAGAGAUUGGUGUUGCCUACUGAAGGUUAUUUCUUUAUUUAUAAGCAGGAGGUGAUGGAGGAGGAGAGAUCAUUUAGAUGGCAUGGGGUCAAGAAUAAUGAUACUAUUGAGGUUUUUAAUGGUAGUGUUACUGGUGGGUCCUGAUAACUGAGA